ACCUGAAGGUUUAUUGUUGACCUUGAAAACGGGUGUGCGGUUACACUUCCUGCUCCUGACCAGCAGGAAGCGGUGACGAGGCUUCGAGUCCUUUGACCCACUUUCUAUUAAUGACGACGAAGCUGCCGUGAUGACGUUCAACCAGAACAGCACUUCCUGGUUACGAUGAAGCUAAGCUAACAGCUAGCUCGGCUUGUUGUUGUUCCUCCUCCGCGCAGCGGGGCUCCGCCUCAGUGUCUCUCCGGCGGCUUCAGUCACUGACAGACGGACGCUAGGCUCGGACUUCCACCGUUAAUGCCCCGGGAUGUCUUUCCUGGAGAAGCCUGCCCCCGGCAAGCUGCUGCUGGACGACACCGUGCCCCUGACCGCGGUGAUCGAAGCCAGCCAGAACCUGCAGUCCCACACGGAGUACAUCAUCCGAGUCCAGAGGGGCGUGUCUUCAGACAACAGCUGGCAGGUGAUUCGACGCUACAGUGACUUCGAUGUUCUCCACAGCAGCUUGAUGGUGUGUGGGAUCAGUCUCCCUCUUCCUCCUAAGAAGCUGCUUGGAAACAUGGACAGGGAGUUCAUAGCAGAGAGACAGAGAGGACUGCAAACCUACCUGGACUCCAUCACUCAGCAUCCACUGCUCUGCAGCUCCCUGACCAUCAAGAAGUUCCUGGACCCCAACAACUACUGUGCCAACUACACAGAGAUCGCCCUGCAGCAGGUCUCCAUGUUCUUCAGAUCGGACCUGAAGUGGGAGGUUCUGGAGCCUCUCAAAGACGUUGGCUGGAGGAUUAGGAAGAAAUAUUUUUUAAUCAAAAACAAAGAGCAGCCCAAAGAGAGGUAUCUGCUGAGCUGGGUCGACAUCGGUCCUGAUAAGUUCCUGUCGGACAAAGACCUUCAGUCAGCAAUGAAGCUGCUCACCAGCCUCUCUGCGCCAUAUCUCUGUCCGCUGUUGUUCUCCAGCACCAGUGAGUCUUCAGCUCUGCUCAUCCGGCCGUUCAGUGAGCGAGGCUCUCUGAGAGACCACAUCUGUAAGGUGAAGCCCAGAGAGAGUUACCUGAAGAAGUACUGUAACCCGAAGAAGAGCCAGGGCCUCGAACUGCCGCAGAUCAAACUGUACGGCCGUCAGAUCCUGGAGGGUCUGAAGCUCCUCCACGAUGGUGGCAUAUUUUAUGGUCACCUACAAGUGUCUAACGUCAUCGUGGAGGACGGCGUGUGUCGACUGAUGGACGUGGAGAACGGCAUGCUGGGAGUUCCCUCAACACUACGACCCAGCUUCACCCCGCUCAGGAAGAUCAACACCAUAGAGAGCAUCGACGUCUUCUGCUUCGGUCACUUACUGUACGAGAUGACGUACGGCCGCCCGCCAGACGGCGUUCCCGUUGAUCAGUACCCCUCUGUUCCCUACACAGCUGUGGUGUCAGUGCUGCAGUCCAUUCUGUCCUCAGAAGCCUGUAAGAGCGGGAUGCCAACAGUGUCGCAGCUCGUCCAGACACCGUUGUUCAGUGAUGUCCAGCUCCAACAGUCAGAAAAACUCCAGAUCAAGGUUCCCAGCAGGCUGAAGGAGGCCCUGAAGACGGCCAAGGAGAGCCUGGAGAAGCGGCUGCAGGAGGAGCAGAGAGUGAUGCACCAGCACAGGAGGUUGACCAGAGCUCAGUCUCACCACAGCUCCGAGGAAGAGAAGAAGAGGAGGAAGAUUCUGGCAAGGAAGAAGUCCAGACAGUCGGCUUAUGAAAAUGAAGAAGACGUCUCUGUCAGAAACAACAAUAACUCUGGUUCUGGAGCCAGUUCCCCUCCCACAUGCCCCUCCUCCCCCACCCCCCCAUCCACCACAGGAGCCCAGACUGCUCCUCCUCCUCCUCCACCUCCUCCUCCCCCUCCUCCUCCUAUGCCGGACUCUUCCUCCUGUCCUCCUCCUCCUCCUCUGUCUUCCUCUGAUGGCGCAGGGGGAGGUCGUUCUGCCCUGCUGAGCUCCAUCCAGGCCUUCAGCAAGGGCAAACUGAAGAAGGCUGAGACCACCGGCCGCAGCAAACCUGUCACCUGACCCAGCCCCCCCCCCGCCGCUGCAACCCGUCCUCCACCUGCAAACCAUCAUCACAGCGACAUGCCGACCCACUGGUUCUGCAUCGUGGUCUGGUUCAUGUCGCUGCUCCCAGAGAUGUGAAAACCAAUCAAAGUACCAUUUUUUGUUUUUAUCUCUAUUCCUGCUUUUACCUGCUUUUAAUUUUUUUUAAAUCCAUUGCUGUGGUUAGAGAGAACAGAGGACUGUCGGAGGAAGAAACUGUCGCCUCAGUCUUCGCUUUCAAAGAACUCGAGACAAUCCUUGGCCCCUGAGGGUCUGAGCCACCAGGCUCCAGAUAACAAGAUGGUAAACUCAAACUGAGUCUGGAGAGCUGCUGAAUGCUUGGAGUUGGAAAUUCUGGAGCCUCUGUGGAUGCCUGAUCCCACUGGGUGACAAACUUCAAUAUCCUGGAUCCAAAAACUAUGUGCUCUGACGUUGUCAUGGCACUGCACAGUCCUGAUCCUGGAGCAGUGUAGAGAAACUGGCCCUAACUCCUGCUUCCCCUCUUUUGAAAUCAUCUGGGACUCAUCUUUGACGUGUAGCAUCCAGACUCUGCUGCUCGCUCGCUGCAGGACAUCAGAUGAAAUGAAGAACGCCUCCGGGAAUAUUAGGAGCUGCACUGCAAAAAAAAUAAAGAAAUCACCUUCAUUAACUCAUUUCUGUUUGUAAUUAAGUUCCAAAAUCUUUGUAAGAGAGGUCCCUGCAUUAGAGACAAGAAAUAUUAACCUUUAUAUUGAUAUUAGAACAUUUAUUUGCUUCGGAAACAAGUUCAAAAAUCAUACAGAACUUGGAGAUUUAUUUGAUACUUGAUUGUAGGAGAAUGAGAUUUAACAAGAAGAACAAGAGUCACAUGACAGACAGAAAUGACUUCAUAUAAAGGGGAGUGUGUUUGAAACAAUCACACCUGCUGUGGACUUUGUUUGGUCUGAACAUUAUUUGACUGAGCAGUGUUCUGCACCGUCAGUUCAGGAUCGUGUGAGUUCUUCAGCCCAGACUCCACUUUGUGUUGAUCCGCUCAGUGAGCAUGAAGCAACCUGAUUGGUCGGAUGUAGAUUUGUUCUGAACAACGUAAUCACUCUUUUAGACCAAAUGUGCACAAAAAGUGUCGCACAAAACAAAGAGCAGCAAAAAAAACUGAUAAUCGUGAUGCUGCCAAUUACAGUAAAAGCGUUUCCAACCACCUUCACUGUGCACUUUCAGUUUGCUAGAAAACCUGAGUGAAAAUUAGACAAAGGUUUAUUUAUCAAUAAAAAUAAAAUGAAGGUGCGAUGGAAAAAGACUCGUCAAUUUAAACCUGAGGAGCAUGUGAAUUGCACCAAAGUUUAGUUUGGACAGUGCAGAAGUUCAGACAUCAGAGAUUUGAGAGCUGUCGGUUGAAGCACAACUUUUCCUAAUGCGACUUCUUCAGCUUUCAGCCGCCUGGAAAGAAGGAAAUCAGUUGCCUUUGUGAUCAGAGAAGUUUAAGUUGCUUAAGUCAAACCUGCAGACACAGAAAUACAAGUUGUUUUGUUUGGGAAACACCGUCCACUAACUCUGGUGUCUUUAACAUUUACCCUCCACAGAACUCAGUUUACUUUCAUUUGAGGAUUUGAUUUCAGACCCUUGUUGUGGGGAUUCCUGAUAUUUUUGUUUUACUUCUGUUGUGUUUUAUUGUUUGUUGUCGUCACAGCUGAGAUUAUUUUUGUUUUAUUGUGCCAUAUGGAUCCUUGUGCCUGUUUAAAUCUGUUUUUUGUAAAAGUAUUGCAUGUCACAGUAUAAUAUGAUUUGACAUCAGAUCAUCUGUAUGUGUGAAGCUCUGUCUGGUGAGGAUAUAAACACUUUAACACACAGGAUGUCUCCAUGUUUAAACAGAUUAUUACCACUGAUUAUUAUUUUCAUUUAGUCUAUUAAACGUCAGAAAAAAGGAAAGAUCCGUUUUUAUAGCUUCUAGCUAUAGCCUCAUGCUUACCUGACAAAUAUGAGAGCAAAAAUAUAUCUCACUAAUUCUCAAAUUCUCAAAUUUCACUCUGCUCAUUCUGUGUGCUAAAGUGUUUGUCCUGAGCUCAGGUGACUCCUGCAGCCUGAAGACUCUGAUCACUAACUUUAAGCACUCGGAGCGUUUUGAAUGAGCGCUCUGUGCUGAAAUCAUUUUGUUUUUGCUAUUCUGUGCAAUCCGGUCCAAUGCGAUGGUCUUCACGUCUUGAAAGGUCAUUAAAUUGUGUCAGAAUGUUUCUCUGCAGCACUUUACCCGUGAGAGGUGGGAGACAAGUCCAGAGGUGUGUUUGUGUUCAUGAGAACAACUUGCAGGAUGAACUCAGUCCCAGAGCUGGUUCACAAGCAAGUUGUUAUUAAAACCACUGCAGUGUCCAGGUUAUUGACAACUGUCACACAAUGUUAUCAAGUUCUUUCCCAAUGUCUUAAAAUAUCUCCUCUACAUCUAUUGCAGCUGUACAAUGAACGUGUUCAUCCAUACUGAAGUUAGAACUCCAGUAAGCCUGCUGUGAUGAACUUAUAACUGCAUCUACCAAAUGAACAUUGAUUAAAAAGCGGUUCAGGAAAA